AUUCAUCGACGAAGAAGGCGGAGAAAGUAGAAUCGAUGGGGGAAAACGGCGGUGGUGGUUGUUGUCCGCCGAUGGAUCUGAUGCGGUCAGAGCCGAUGCAACUUGUUCAACUCAUUGUUCCCAUGGAAUCGGCUCAUCUUACCGUCUCUUACCUUGGGGAUCUAGGCCUCGUUCAAUUCAAGGACCUUAAUUCAGAGAAGAGCCCAUUUCAACGUACUUAUGCAGCUCAGAUCAAAAGAUGUGGAGAGAUGGCUCGUAAGAUACGUUUCUUCAAGGAUCAAAUGUCAAAAGCAGGAGUUUUGGCCAAAGAGAUGCUAGAGAAAGAAAAUGAUAUCGACUUGGAUGAUGUAGAGGUAAAGCUUGGAGAGCUAGAAGCUGAACUUGUUGAAAUCAAUUCUAAUAAUGACAAGUUGCAGCGAUCAUAUAAUGAGCUUAUGGAGUACAAAUUGGUUCUUCAGAAGGCUGGGGAGUUCUUUUCUUCUGCUCAUAGAAGUGCCACGGCUCAACAGAGAGACACAGAAUCACAACAAGCGAGUGAAGACCUGCUCGAGUCUCCUUUGUUGCAGGAAGAGAAGUCCAUUGAUUCGACAAAGCAAGUAAAGCUUGGAUUUCUCACCGGGUUAGUACCUCGUGAAAAGUCUAUGGUGUUUGAGAGGAUUCUAUUCCGUGCUACUAGGGGAAACAUCUUUAUUCGCCAGUCUGUCGUCGAGGAACCGGUCAUUGAUCCCAACUCUGGGGAGAAGGCUGAGAAAAAUGUUUUUGUUGUUUUCUAUUCCGGGGAAAGAGCAAAAAGCAAAAUUCUCAAAAUAUGCGAAGCUUUUGGGGCUAAUCGCUAUCCUUUCAGUGAGGACCUCGGAAAACAAGCUCAAAUGAUAACCGAGGUUUCAGGUCGAUUAACAGAGCUUAAAACCACCAUAGAUGCUGGGUUAGGUCAACGUAACAUAUUGUUACAGACCAUUGGAGAUAAGUUUGAGCAAUGGAACCUCAAGGUACGCAAAGAGAAAGCUAUCUAUCAUACUUUGAACAUGCUUAGUCUUGAUGUGACGAAGAAGUGCCUUGUGGCCGAGGGCUGGAGUCCUGUUUUUGCAUCAAACGAAAUUCAAGAUGCAUUAAAGCGUGCUGCAGUUGACUCCAAUUCUCAAGUUGGAUCAAUAUUCCAAGUUCUGAGGACCAAAGAGUUGCCACCAACUUAUUUCCGCACAAACAAAUUUACUUCUGCAAUCCAGGAAAUUGUUGAUGCGUACGGUGUGGCCAAGUAUCAGGAAGCUAAUCCAGGUGUAUUCACAAUCGUCACCUUCCCCUUCCUUUUCGCUGUUAUGUUUGGUGACUGGGGGCAUGGAAUAUGUUUGCUGCUUGCAACGAUGUACUUGAUAUUGAGAGAAAAGAAACUGUCCAGCCAGAAACUUGGGGAUAUUAUGGAAAUGGCUUUUGGUGGCCGUUAUGUCAUUAUGAUGAUGUCAUUGUUCUCAAUAUAUACUGGUUUAAUCUACAACGAGUUCUUCUCUAUACCAUACCCAUUGUUUGCUCCCUCAGCAUAUGAUUGCCGUGAUGCCUCAUGCAGCGAAGCUACAACAAUUGGUUUGAUAAAGGUCAGGGACACUUAUCCAUUUGGUCUAGAUCCUGUUUGGCAUGGUACCCGUAGCGAGCUGCCAUUCCUGAACUCGCUGAAGAUGAAAAUGUCAAUCCUUCUCGGAGUUUCUCAAAUGAACCUGGGAAUCAUAAUGAGCUACUUCAAUGCAAGAUUCUUUAAAUCGAGUGUAAAUAUAUGGUUCCAGUUCAUUCCCCAGAUGAUAUUCUUGAACAGCUUGUUUGGUUAUCUCUCGGUCCUCAUCAUCAUAAAGUGGUGCAGUGGUUCUCAGGCAGAUUUGUAUCAUGUAAUGAUAUACAUGUUCCUGAGCCCAACCGAUGAGUUAGGAGAGAAUCAACUUUUCCCUCACCAGAAAACAGUGCAGCUUGUGCUUCUCUUUCUGGCUCUUGUCUCUGUUCCGUGUAUGUUGCUUCCGAAGCCGUUCAUCUUGAAGAAACAACAUGAGGCUGUGAGAUUCUUUCCUCUUCUCUUUUUUAGUUUCUAUUACGAAGGUCUUGUGCCCCCUUUGCUGGUUGUCUUAAACGGUUUACUUCUCCAGAGGCAUCAAGGCCAGUCAUACGCACCUAUUGAGGAGACAGAUGAGAGUCUUCAUGUAGAGGCAAACGGAGGAGCCCAUGGACACGAGGAGUUUGAAUUUAGCGAGAUAUUUGUGCAUCAGCUGAUUCACACCAUAGAGUUUGUGCUUGGAGCUGUUUCCAACACCGCCUCUUACCUGCGACUAUGGGCUCUCAGUCUUGCCCACUCAGAGCUAUCAUCAGUCUUCUAUGAGAAGGUCCUCCUUCUCGCUUGGGGUUACAACAAUGUGUUGAUCCUGAUCGUUGGGAUCGUCGUCUUCGUAUUCGCCACCGUGGGAGUACUGCUGGUGAUGGAGACACUGAGCGCGUUCCUUCACGCGCUGCGUCUCCACUGGGUCGAGUUUCAGAACAAAUUCUACGAAGGAGAUGGUUACAAGUUCGCCCCUUUCACUUUCAUUCUCACCGCAAACGAGGACGAG